UAUAUAACCAGACGUGUUGUCCAGUCAUAUCUAGUGCCUAUAGUCGUCACGUUUGGGAUUAUUGGCAACAUAUUCAACAUUAUCGUGCUAGUCAACCCAAAGAUGAGAACGUCAACAAACAUGUAUCUGAUGUCGCUUGCAGUGUGCGAUUCCCUGUACCUUUUGUUUUGUUUGACGCUGUCAUUCUUACACUGCUCAAACACUGACCUUUCUGAAGAGGCUUUCAUGUACAUACCUAAUGCUAAAGUGCUCUCAGAUCUGUUCAGUAACACCGCCGUUUGGCUUACGGUUUGUUUUACCCUAGAGCGUUUCAUCGCCGUUCGAUUACCAAUGCGCGGGAAAGCGUGGUGUACAGUCAGCAAGGCCAAGGUUGCAAUUCUGAUGACGUUCAUUGUUUGUGCAGUGAACACAUUGCCGGAAUUCUUUGAAACAAAAAUUGUUGAAAUUCCUGGAAACGAUUCUUCCCACUACAUAUGCGAAACCACGGAUUUUGCUGAAACAUACAGCUAUCACAUUGGCUAUUACUGGUGGUUUGUUGCUAUUUUCACAUUCGCGCCUCUGGUGUUGUUGGCCGUGUUUAAUAGUCUUUUGAUAAAAUCCGUCUGGCAGGCUAACCGGAAUCGCCAGCUCCUGUCACAGACAAGAGUUACCGGAGAGGCUAACAAAGCGAAUAAGGAACAACAUAGGGUCACGGUAAUGCUCAUUUCCGUGGUGCUUAUUUUUCUUGUGUGUCAAACGCCUCAAGCGCUUUUGCUAGUAUACUGGUCAUACGUUCAAGCUAAUGAAUUACCAUACCAUAGUGACAUGGUCAAAAUUGCGGGUAAUGUUUGUAACCUCUUAGUACAAAUCAAUGCUUCAGUUAACCUUUUCUUGUAUUCGUACUUUAGUAGUAAAUUCAGGAAAACAUUUAAGAACGUAAUGUGCAUAUGCAGAGGAUAUGAUGAAAAGUGUUGCGUACACCGACCACUUCACCACACGUUGAGAGGGAACUCUGCUUCUAGACAAUCCAUGACGUCGCUAACGCUUAUGUCGUCAUCGUCAAUUAGGUCACACAGACGAGAAAAACAUUCAACUAGAAGAGAAAUUGUCUAUAAGAUGGAGAAAUUGUAG